AUGGUGUCAGCCAGUCCAACACAGGCGGCGGCUGCGCCAGAGGUUUGCCCGUCCACUGCCUGGCGUCCGCGCUCACUGGAAAUAGGACUGAUGUCUGUCACAGUGUUCCCAGUGCGGCUGCUGCUGGUCUCCUUCCUCAUGCUGCUGGCGUGGCCCUUUGCCUUCACGGCCUCCCUGGGACGCUCUGAUUUUGUCAUUGAGCCACAGUCGUGGUGGAGGAGGUUUGUAGACCUGUGUCUGCGAGUGAUCAUGCGAGCCAUGUGGUUUUGCGGAGGUUUCCAUUGGAUCAAGGUCAAAGGCGAACGGGCGGCGUCCUCUGAAGUUCCCAUCCUCACCGUGGCACCACACUCCUCCUACUUUGAUGCCAUCCCAGUGACCAUGACCAUGUGCUCCAUAGUCACCAAACUGGAGAGCAGGAGCAUUCCCAUCUGGGGCACUCUGAUCAGCUACAUCAGGCCAGUGUUUGUGUUUCGGUCGGACCAAGACUCCAGAAGAAAAACUGUGGAGGAGAUCAAGCGGAGAACCCGGUCUGGAGGGGAGUGGCCUCAGAUCAUGAUAUUCCCAGAGGGGACGUGCACCAACAGGUCGGGUCUCAUCUUGUUCAAGGCUGGUGCUUUCAUACCAGGACUCCCAGUGCAGCCGGUGGUGCUACGCUACCCAAAUAAACUGGAUACUGUUACAUGGACGUGGCAGGGUCCCGGAGCGUUCAAGAUCCUAUGGCUCACUCUGUGCCAACUUCAUAAUCCCAUGGAGAUAGAGUACUUGCCUAUUUACACUCCAUCAGACGAGGAGAAGGAAAACCCUGCCCUGUUUGCCAAUAAUGUCAGAGAGCUCAUGGCCAAGGCGCUGCAGCUGCCACUCACAGACCUGUCCUUUGACGACCGUGAGAUCAGCCUAUCGCAGGGCCCACUGCGCAUAUAUGACUACAGCAGCUUGCUUGAGUUCAACCUGCUGGUGUGCCGUUUGGGGCUGAGAGCAGGAACUAAAGGCAAAGUGCUGGAGGAGCAGGCCAGAAGAGCCAGAAAACUGCAGGGAGGCAGGCUGGGUUUGGAAGACUUUGCACAGUUCCUCAACCUGCCAGUUACAGAGACACUCGCACAAGUGCACAGCCUCUUUGACCAGCAUGGAGACGGACAGAUAGACAUCAGACACUAUGUCAUUGCUCUGUCUACCAUUCAUCGACCAUCACAGUCAAUGGAGACCCUGAAAUUGGCCUUCAAGAUGUAUGAGAGCGAGGAGAACGGGGAAGUCCCAGAGGAGGAGCUGGCCACCAUCUUGGAAGUCAUCUUGGGAAUCAAGGAGGUGGAACUUUCAGGUCUGUUUUUAGCACUUGGCAGACCUGACACAGCAAAGAUCACAUAUGAUGAACUUCACCAUUUUAUUGAGCAGCACCCACACUUCGUCCAGGAGUACCUUGAUUUUAAAAACCACCCGCGUAAAUUCUGCCUCGAGCGACCAAAGAGCUGCAACGGCCAGAGCCACAACAAAGAUGACUGAAGAGGGGACUUUAAUCCAACCACUCCAUUUAUCUUCUCUAUCUGAUGUAACAGCAUCUUCGAAUGCUGCUGCUUGCCUACCAUCACUGUGCCUUUUAAAUGCCGGUAGAGAGAGAGGAAUAGAAGGGGAAAAACAAAGUUGUUCGGAGCGAUAAGGAUGAUGGAAUCUCCACUCAAUCACUUAUCUCGGUUCUCUUCUGAACUUUUUUCUAUUGCCUUCCAUAAUUUUUUGUCCUUGUGAUAUAAAGAAAUGGUUUUUUUUUUCUCCUCUGCAAAUAAGUUAUUUAUUUUAAAGUUAUAAAAGGAAGGGUCUUAGGCAAAUGGACAAUAGCAUGUUGCCCUCUCCUGCUGCUCUUUAUUUACAUAGUGUAGAUAGAAACUUUACUUUCAGGUAAAAAGGAACAGGAUAUAUUCUGUUCUAUGAUAAGACUGGGAUGUUAUCACGCCAAACUAUGUAACAGAUACUCCAUAAGUUCAGCAAAAGCACCAAAAGAGAGAAAUCUGCCUCUUACUGCAAAUUCCUUACUUCAAACAGCUAUGUUACUGCCAUAAAUAUACAAACAAAGAACCCUUGCAAAAAGAAAUUUUGACCAAAAAAAGGGUUGAUGGUUGAUAAUCCAAAUGUUUUUUUAAUUUAUUUUUUAUUUGGUAAUAUGAUGAGUAAUGUUAUGGCUGUUUUGCAAAAUUUUAAUGUAAAUUUUCUCUACCUUCAAGGAAAAUUAUUUUUUAACAGUCUAGUUUUUCUUAGAAAAGCAUUUAAGAGGAGGAUUGUUUGGUAUUUUUGGAGCAGAAAUCAUUCCUUUAAACCUCCGACACAUACUGCAUCUUCAUUUUCUUAAGCAUUUCUACGCUGGCUUAAAUAUUGAUCUCAGGUGGUUUACGCUGGACUGACACAUUUUGUACCUUAAGGCUGCACUGUUCCUGUAAUCUUAAAAUUUCUCAAUUAAAUGCCGAAUUCAAAGCGACUUGCUUUUAUUUUAUGAAUAAAAUGGUUUCAAUUUUG